CUUGAAUUUUGAACAUGUUUGUGAAACGGUUAUUGUUCAGAUAACAUUUGUCGAUUAUUAAAACAGAAAAAUAUUACUUUUUAAAAAGAAUAAAUCUUUAUAAUAAAGGAGAAAAAAAGAUUAAUUACUGUUAACGUAUUUAUUCCUAUUAUUUAAUUAUUCCUAUUAUUUAAGUGGUUAAGUUCUUCAAUAGGGGCAUCAAGUAUGAGUUAUUUUAGCGAUUUGCAUCAAAUAUCGGAUAUUUCCAGUAUUUCAGCAAUCUCGCAGUCUAGCAGUAGAUUAAUUGGUAGAGUGGACUUGUCGCAAAGUUUGUUAGACCAGUCCAGUGCAACGAGAGGCAACGACAGGAUUGCAAUAACCCAGGAAACAAGCGCAAUCGAGAAAACAAUAAGCUCUUUGAUAUUGUGCGAGGAAAAUAUAAGUGAACAUGUCAAAACCAAUAUUGUCUAUCAAUGUAUGAAGAAGGCAUCCUUGAGCAACAAUGAUGUUCUGUCCAAGAGUACGGCGAGCAAAUUACGAAUGUUGCUCUUAAUUCACGAACUGGAUAAGUACAUGCAUCUUCCUUCGACAACGAAGCACAUGCAAGAUAAAUUGAUGCUCUUGGGAAUUAUUGACUUAUCACCAUGUGACUUGAAUCCUGACGAGAAACUGGAGGUGAAGUGCUGCAUCGAGACAAUGCUGCGAGAAAAGAUACAUGAUAUGAUGUUAAAAUACGAAGCCUUAGGAGGAAAUGCUAAGGAAGCGUCGAAGAACAGCGAAUGCAAGAUGCACAACAAAUUGUUGGAAUAUCACGACGUGCCAGGAGUACAAUGGAAGAAUAAAAUUGAGGAUUUGAUCCAGCAAUGUGAAAGUGACUUGUUGAAAUACAUAAACUUAAUGGACAAGUGGAACGAGUUGAAAUACGAAAAUGUGAGCCGAGCAUAUUUAGAAAAGACAGGGUAUUUGUUGCUGCAGGCGCAGGUUGCCGAGUUACAGGCAAAGAUAACAAAGCUCUCUUGCAUAAUCAGAAUGUUCAAAGAAACAUCGACUACCGUUGAUGCUUUCAGAAUGCUAAAUCGAUUAGUCGAGGAGAAGUUAAAAGUAGUUAUGGAUGAAAUUCAUCAGAAAGAAGAUUUAAAAAAGCUGUACGAUAAUUUGAAAAAUACGGAAUACGAUCAGGUGUUAUUAACCUACUCGCAACUUUGCAAUGCGAUAAAGAAGAAAAAACACAUCUUGGACAUGUUGAAAUAGUUCUGUGAAAUAUAAAGGGAUUUAAUAAUCAAAACAAUAUAAAUA